AUGAUAUUCAAACAAUGGCAAUCUGAGCGUCUUCCCAGACACCAACUGGACUGCCUCGGCCCUAUGGACCCGCAUUCGCUUCUCGCGGGGGCCGAGCCGCAGGUCGAGUUCAGCGGGAAGCUCGGCGAGCGGUACUCGGCCGCACUGGUGGUGCCAUCGACGCUGAGCUGGCUGAUGCCCCCUGAGAUGGUGCAGCUCACACCGGUCGCGCAGCUAGUGGGGACGCUGACGCAAGCCGGCGGCGGGGAGUGCGCGACGCGGCUGGUGGCUGCGGAUCAGUUCUACGAGGCGGAUGUGCCGCAGGCGGAGCGACAUGUUCGCGUGGCGUACCAGCUGUAUGAGCGCGGGCCCGGGCAGCUGGUGGUGGUGGUGGAGGAGAAUGACCUGAAGUACCCGCCGAUCGUGCACAACCGGCUCGCGCAGCAGCUGGCGGAGAAGCUGCGCGCGGUGGGCGCGGAGACGACGGUUCUGGUCAACUCGGACAAGAGCACGGGGGUCAAGGACCUCGAAGAGCUGGUGCCCCCUGAGUUUAUCACGGGGGCCCUAGCGGCACUCGUGUGUGCGCUGGCGCCUUCCGGGGCGGGCAGAGUUCUUGUGGUGCAGAGCGAGGGUCCGCACGGGUUCGAGAAGCAUAACUUGACCGUGGUGGACGCGCUGGUGGAGCGCGUGCGCCAGAUCCUGGACCAGCCGCCGGAGUAUGUAGCUGCGUGCACGCGCCACUGGAAGCUGCAAGCCGGGUCGCAGUUCCAGGGCGGCCUCUAUCUCUAG